UGCAAAUAUCCCGCCGGCGACUUUCUUUGUCAUUGUGAGGUUUUGCUAGGGAGUACAAACAGAAUAGGCAUAUACUAAUCAGUAUGUUCAUACUUAUUCUAUUGAUUCUUGUGAUUAUAAUCCCGCUGGCCACAAUCGGGUAUAGGCCGAGAAGAGGUUGCCGGGGUGCACCCACUGUUCCCUUUUACAUAUCGUUCUAUGAGGCGUGGCAAGGGACUGGGCAGGUGACAUUUUACAACAACCACCUCCGCCGUCAUUUAGAGAUCCACGGGUUGGUAAACCUCUGGAACACCGGUCGGUGGUCGGUUCUAGUCACCAAACCUGAGUAUGUCGCUCACGUCUUUCGCAAUGAACGGGUUAUCGCCAAAGGGGGGCUUUACCGCCAAAUGCCCUCUACGACUCCCUCCCACCUCUUUGGCGUGAACAUCAUUGAUUCAACUGGUGAGCUGUGGAAGCACUUCACAAGAAUCAUGAAGCCCGGAAUUCAGCAAAAACACAACCCAGCGGCCCUAUAUACCACUGCUAACAAGCUCCUCGCGCUUAUCGAUAAACUACAGCAACAAGCAAGUACAGGUCGCGGAAUUAUCAUCAAUGAUAUCAUGGAGCGGUGGUCAAUGGACGUUUAUGGUCAAUAUUUUCUAGACGCUGAUCUAUGCUGCCUAGAUGGCAAGGCUCGGGCGCAACAAGCAUUCCAGAACGUCGUACGAACCUUUCCACAUCGCUUAUUAUUGCAAUUCCCCUUGCUAGAAUAUAUCUCCAUGUUUCUGCUGCCCUCGCGCCGGCACGCGUGGAGCAUGGCUGAUGAGCUGGCUGAAGCUGUGCUUGAGGCGACCGCGGCCCAUCCAUUGCGGGAAAAGGGAUUAACAGAAAUUGAGAGCAGUCGAUCAGAAAAGCUGGUUUACCGUCUCCAGAGAGCAAGAGACUCUGGGCAGCUCACGGAUUUCCAUUAUCGGUCAAACAUGAAAUUGAUGUUCAUGGCUGGUCAUGAAAAUUCCAAGGCUUUGCUAGUUUCGAGUUUGCUUGAAAUUGCGCAACGCACAAACGUCCAGGAACGACUAUACCAAGAAAUCGUUGCGUCAGACGCAGAAGACAGCGAGCUCAAGGAUCUACCGUAUCUGACUGCGGUAAUCUAUGAAGCCUUACGAUUAUACCCCACCCUCAUCCAAUUUACCGACCGAGAAGCCCUUGAACCAGUCUGCCUAGGGGACGGAAUCACUAUUCCUCAAGGAACCUUGGUAGGCUGGAACGCAUACGGGAUUCACACCGAUCCCAAUAGCUGGGGCAAUGAUGCUCUGGAGUUCAAACCAGAGCGAUGGGGAAGUGACGUGCAGACAAUCAAUCGACUGGUGCGCACUUAUCAGAACCGAGGAAUGUUCAUUGGAUUUGGUGCGUGGUCACGAGCAUGUAUUGGAGCGGAUUUUGCAUUAUUGCAGAUGCGAGUUACAAUUAGUGAGAUUUUGCGACGUUUCUCGAUACAAAAGGAUCCAAGUUAUCAAUUAGUCCUCAAUGAUGUGGCGGCGCUUGAACCAGAAGAAUGCCAAUUGAUCUUUACACAUCGGCGGAAGGAAAAGUGUGAAUCUCAAAUAAUAGGUUUAAAGUGAUAUAUUGAGGAAGUAGUAAUAUACCACCAACCAUAUUUGUGUGUGGGAAGCCUUAUACUAACGAGAUAGAACGUUCUUUGAUCAAAAUUACCUAAUGUAUGUUAUAGUGUAUGAGCGCGUCUAAUUAAGCCAACCUCAACUGUCAUUGCCGACACAUUGGUAUAUAAACGUAAUAACCUUUUUUUUUCUUCAGGACAGUAUCUUCAAAAGGAUAGCAUACACUAAACUGUAGUUGCUAGCUUGUCUCUCCUGUUUGCUGAGCCGUUGAUAUAUCUAGGGAUGAUUGUCUUGUCACCAGCCUUCCUGAAUCUCG